UUUUCUUCCAAUUAAUCCUUCAUCAAAUCAUCCAUGGCAAAGAAGGAAUCAAAAGGUCGUCAGAAGAUAAAAAUGGCUAGGAUUAAAAAUCCAAGCCAUAGACAAGUAACAUUUUCAAAACGGCGUCUAGGUUUGUUUAAGAAAGCUAGUGAAAUAUGCACUCUUUGUGGUGUAGAAGCCAUUAUAAUCGUUUUCUCCCCUGGCCAAAAAAUAUUUUCUUUUGGAUACCCUGAUGUGGAAUCUAUAGUGAAUCGUUACCUUAGUCGUAACACAAUAAGUCCUAGAGAUGAAGGUGUGGGUGGUGAACAAAGUUGUAGUAUGCGUGAACUCAACUCACAGUUAACCAAAAUACUUGAUCUAUUAGAGGCUGAAAAGGUUAGAGGAGAAGUGUUUAACAACUUGAAGGGGAAGCCUAAUCAAUGGUGGUGGGAGGCGCCUAUCGAUAACCUUGGGUUGCAUGAACUCCAAGUUUUGAGUGCUUCAAUGGAGGAUCUUAAGAAAAAUAUAGCUAAUCAAGCUAUGUUUCUGGAGAAAACAAACGCGUCUUCAUCAGGUUUAAGCAUGGAUAAUAAUAGUGGUGUUUCUGAUCAACAUUUCGACCUUAAAUCUAUUGAGGCCAAAAUUGAAGGCUUUGCUCGUCCUGAUCAUCAAUUUGCCAACUUCCAUUCACAAAAAAUGUUCUAAUCUUGCCUUAGCUUCGUUUUUUGUUUUUGACUAGCAUCUCACUAGUUCCAAACUUCUGUGUGCGUGUUUUUUUUUUCUUUUUCUUGAAUGGUAUUGUUUUCUGUGUUUUUUCCGGUGUUGUUCUUACUUCUUAGUUCUUCCUCUGUUGAAAUCAUUUCAAUUUAGGAAAACAA